AUGGAAAUCGCGGUUAUUUGGCUUCUAUCUGUGCUGAAAAUCCAAUUGGUAGUCUACCAAAACGAGCCCAUCUCUUACGACACACAGUCCUACACGAAAACACAUAAAUGGGCUGACACACCUACAUCGUCCUAUUGGGAACCACGAAUCGUUCAAGUACUGCAGGAACUGUGCCAUGCCUCCACAGGGUACCAGCGAGUCGCCGCGAUACGCCGUCUUUCUUUCAAUGAAGCGCAUAACAGACCCCAAGUAGGGGAUCCCGGUCGAAUGAUCGCCUUUGAAGUGUUGCUAUUCUCCACAGGACACGGGCAGAGUCUGGCAGAUCUUGAAGAACUCAUCAAGCACCGCCUUGACGAGGCCUAUCUCGCUGGAGUGGGACCUUUGGAACCAAAUGCUAGCUAUAUUCAACUAAUCGCAGAGAGAAUGGAGGAUUCUACGCAUCAAUUGGAUCCACCUCAACAGGACUAUCCUGGAAGCAAUAGCAAACGACCAAUCUCCGUUAGGCAAACUGCUCAUGACCUUGCAGUGCAGAACAGCUGGCGACACCGAGAAGUUCUCAACCAACCUGGUGUUAUUGCAGGCAAGCUUGAAACAUGAAUCGUCGGUAGUACAGUAGCUGCUCUACUGUUGCUUAUUCUUCUGAUACUCUUUUGUAUUUACCGUCUACGAAAGAAGGACGAGGGCUCCUAUUCUCUUGAGGAGCCCAAAAAAAGUCCAGCAGCCUCAAAUUCAUACAUGCACGCGCCGUGUCGCGAAUUUUACGCGUAA